AAACAAACAAUUCAUUUAUGCUCUUCCUGUUGAGCUAAAGCAGGCACCUCAGCAAAAUAUUGUAGAAUUCUGACCUAUGGUGGUUAGAACGAAGCUCAAUCCCUAAUUAUAGGAAGCUGGAAAAAGUGCAGAGAAGACUUAUAAAGAUGUUACCGGGACUGGAAUGCUUGAGUUUUAACAAUAGAAUGAAUACCCAGGGCUAUUUUCCCUAGAGCAGGGGUGUGGUGUACCUGUCUAGACAUGCCCCCUUCUGACUGCUCCUGUGGCUCCUCCCACAGACCCCUGUAUAAAGGCGAUCUGAGGCCUAUGCUCUCUAUCAGUCUCCAGGACAUAGUAUGAUGGUCACUCACUCCUGGUUCCUUCUUCCAGUCAAUAAAAGCCGAUAUCUCACCUUACGUCUCAGAGUGAGUUAUUGAUGGUGCAUCAAUUUUAUUGACUGGAAUUUUUAAAACAUGGAAACCGUUUUACGUCUAGAAAGUUUGGAUUUGGACCCUCAAGACCCUGAAGCAGCUCUCGCUUUUGAACACUGGCUUGCAUGCUUCCAGUCAUAGUUGGAGGAGGUUUGUGCAAUUGAACCCGCCGUUAUGCACAGAAUUCUCCUCUCGAGGGUCACCCCAAAAGUUUACUCCAUUAUCCGGGACCUGCCGACCUACGAUGGGGCACUGGACGCCCUCAAAAGACAGUACCUGCGGCCGGUGAACACCGUCUACACAAGACAUCGUUUAGCUACCCGGCAACAGCGGCCUGGCGAAUCGUGCGCUGAGUUUCUCCGAGCACUACAGACACUCGUCCGACCUUGUGACUGCAAGACGCUCACGGCAGACCAGCAUGCGGAGCUGCUGGUGCGAGACGCCUUUGUGACGGGACUGAGGUCAGUGUACAUGCGCCAGCGGCUGCUGGAAAAUGCCGACCUUACCUUACGCUCGGCGAUCGAGACGGCCAAUGCUCUGGAAGCUGCUUUGCAUGAUGCUGACGCUGUCCAGUCGCGCGAUUCCCCGCCGGUUCCGUGGACACCUCAGACCCCGCCACCAGCGGCUCCCGGGAGCGAAUUCGCCAACGCCGCUGCCAGUCGCGAUUCCACGAGCUCCCCGAACCUGACCACGGCUGCGGCCCGUCAGAAGCCCGUGCUUUGUUAUUUCUGUGGCCACAAAAAGCACUCUCGACAACGCUGUCCAGCGCGAGAAGCGACCUGCUCCAGCUGCGGAAAGCGGGGCCAUUUCGCCAAGGAAGUCUGUCACUGGGACCACCCUACCAGUUUGGCUGACGUCCCCGGGGCUAGUGCUGCUCCGGAAACAUGUGAGGAGCAAUAAAUACUCCCUGCUGGUCGAGAGGGUUCACCUCCUACAUGCGAACCCCCAGUAUGCCUACGUGGUCUUAUCUGAUGGGCGGGAGGACACGGUCUCCAUCCGCGACCUGGCACCCGCAGGUGCAGCAGACCACUACCCUGAACACUCUCCGGUAACUAUGAACCCUGCACCAGAGGUGACACCGUACUCACCAGGCCCUACACAGACUCCUCACGACACUUAUAUACCGGGUGUUUCGUACGCAUUUAUACCAGGCGCCUCGCACAUGCGUGAGGGAUCACCGGCGCCUAGUGGGCUGGAACAAGCACAACCUCCGUCCCCUGUGCAAUCACCAAUGUCGCCGGCAUCCGUGCGAUCACAACCGGUGCUACGUAGAUCGCAGCGACAGAUUCGACCACCUGAUAGACUUGACUUGUAAGAAACUUCGCCACAUGGGGACUCUUUUAAACAAAGGGGGGGGGGGUGAAUGUGGUGAACUACAUGUGCCUGUCUGGACAUGCCCCCUGCUGACUGCUCCUGUGGCUCCUCCCACAGACCCCUGUAUAAAGGCCAUCUGAGGCCUAUGCUCUCUCUCAGUCUCCAGGACGUAGUAUGAUGGUCACUCACUCCUGGUUCCUUCUUCCAGUCAAUAAAAGCCGAUAUCUCGCCUUACGUCUCAGAGUGAGUUAUUGAUGGUGCAUCAAGGGGUUCCCAAUCUGGGGUCUAUGAUCCCUUUGGAUAAUGGCAGGAGUCCAUGGCAUAAAAAAUAUCUGGAAA